AUAUUCUGCAGUAGGACUGCAGGAGAGAACAGCUCAUCAGUUUUGAUUUCUAGACCCAACAGGAUAAAAAGGACAUGAUAGUUAUGUGGACUUUGAACUACUAAAAUAUCUGUUAUAAAACACAUUACACGUGUUUUCCUAUCAGUGAAGCGCUGGGGAACUGGGUGCAAGAAUUUGCAAAAUGAGAACUCGUUUGUACAGCUUUGCAGAACAGACUUUUAGGUCUUUGUAUUAGAUUACAAAUGCUGAGUCUUGAUUUCAGGGAAGAAUGAGAAUUUCUCAUGUCUGACAGAAGAUGCACAACUUAGAAAUAAAUGGCGGAAAUUCAGAAUUAAGAAAAUGCUUGCAGUUGGAGGGAUAUAUACACCUACCUAAGUCCCAGUCAAAGUGCUGGGAUUUCCUACAGGGUUCAGGUUCAUAUGAAGAGUGGGCCUGGUAACAGUGACUGAUAUGUCUUACUAAAAGAACACUUCUUUAUUUCAUUUCUAGACAAUGCUGAAAAAAGCAAAUUGUGCUGACAAUUUCUAUGCUGAGGCAGGAUGACUCGUGUGAGACAAAUCAAUCGAAAAUAAUUUAAUGUCUUAAAAGGUGUAGCUAGGGAAAGAAUGAACAGGCUGUUCAUCACCUGCUAAAAUUUCUAGCUGUGCAUUCUGUUAUUGGAAGCCAUAAUGCUUUUUCAAGGCGUACUAUGUAAGAAAGACAUUUGUCUAAAGACAAAACAGAAGCAGAGUAAGAAGCAGAAAACUUACGUCUGGCAGGGAACUGAAACAGUUUUCUCAUCCUCUUUGUCUUUCAAAUAAUAGUUUAUAUAAAACCACUGCAAAAUAUAACAGCGAAUGUUUCAAAAGGCUCUGAGGCAGACCUCAAGGGUGAGUAGGCUUUUCUGCUCUGGUUGUCAGGGUGCUGCUGAGCCUGGCUGCUUGACCUGACAGUGGGAACAUCUUCUCUCUGGUGCUCUUGCAGGCUCCCUGUGCUGAGCCAGCGUGGUCUGAAGGCAGGCCUCUCCUGUAGGAGAGGAGGACGUGGUAGAGCUGGGAACCACAGAGGAACAUGAGACUUGUCUGGGCAGGAAAAUCAGAAAUGGAGAGAUCACAAAAUGGAAGAAACAUCUAGAAAGAGUAAGUGGGUGGGAAAUACAGAUAAAAUCCAGAGAAAGGUGGACAUUUGAGUCACAGUCAAUACAAUGGCACAGCUGAAAUGAACAAAAUGAAUGAAAAAUUAGGUAAAAAGAGGGUAAGAGGGCAGGCAGAGUAACUAAAGAACUGAAGUGCUUUAGAGGAACAGCUGAGAUGCACACAAACUCGAGCCAAAAACCGUAUGCUGAGCUUGGGAUACUUUCGACCCGGUUUCUCGACGUGAUGAAGAACUUGGCAGGAUGGUGAAGCAAAGCGCCGCUGGGGCCGGGGGGAAGCGUGUCCGCGGGGGCUGCGGAGCCGGCACCCGGCCCGCCUGUCGGGCCGCCGGGGGAGCGGCAGCGCAGGCAGCGCCGGCGCUUGGCUGUCCCGCAGUGGAGAACCUCGCCUGCGGCAGCAUGUACCCUCCGAUAGCGGGGAAAAAAAAACAAACCAAGCAAACAAGCAGCCGAGAAGCCGGGGGUAAAGGACGGCGCCCCGCCACUGCCGCGCCCGGCGGACGCAACGCCCGCCCUCCGCUGCCGCGGGACAAGGAUCGCCGCCGCCGCCGGGCAUGGCGGCGUGGCGGGACCUGCUCUUCUCGCAGCUGGACUCGGUCUGCCGCGGCGGCCGGGACUGGCGGGGUUGCAGCUGGCGGCACCCGCCCCGCGAUCGCUGCGCGGCGGCGGAGGACCGGUGGCCGUGGGCUUCCCCGCAGAGACCCCGUCGGGGCGGCCGCGAACCAGGCGCCCCGCAGUCCUCCAAAUCUUGGAUUGAAGAGGUCUUCAGUAAAAGAGAAUGUGCACACAUCAUUCCCAGUUCAAAAGAUCCUCACAGGUGUCCUGCAGGAUGCCAGGUGUGCCAGAAUUUAAUCAGAUGUUGCUGUGGACGGCUGAUUGGAGAUCACCCAGGAGUAGACUGUAGCUGGCCUGUUUGUCAGACUGCCCCUCAAGGAGAUGAGGAUGAAGAAUGGUCUGUGCAAAAACACACAAAGACAAGUCCAACAGAUGCAUUUGGUACAAUCAAUUUUCAAGAUGGAGAUCACACAUACCAUGCCAAGUAUAUCAGACUCUCUUAUGAUAGCAAUUUGGAUCAGCUGUUGCACUUGAUGGUUAAGGAAUGGCAGAUGGAGUUGCCAAAGCUAGUGAUCUCUGUUCAUGGAGGCAUUCAAAAUUUCACGCUUCCCUCAAAGGUCAAGCAGGUUUUCAGCAAAGGGUUGGUGAAGGCUGCUGAGACUACAGGAGCGUGGAUAAUUACAGAAGGCAUCAACAGCGGAGUGUCCAGGCAUGUUGGGGAUGCGCUGAAAGGCUGUGCCUCACCACACCUGAGAAAGAUCUGUGCUGUUGGGAUUCCUCCAUGGGGUAUCAUUGAGAACCAGAGGGAUCUAAUUGGGAAAGAUGUAGUUUGCUUGUAUCAGACUCUUGGUAAUCCACUCAGCAAGCUGAGUACCCUCAACAGCAUGCAUUCUCAUUUUCUAAUGGCAGAUGAUGGGACAGUAGGCAAGUAUGGGAAUGAAAUGAUGCUCAGGAGGAAUUUGGAGAAGUACAUAUCACUUCAAAAAAUACACACAAGAAUGGGCCAAGGUGUACCCGUGGUUGGGCUGGUGGUGGAAGGAGGCCCCAAUGUGAUCCUAAUGGUGAGGGAGUAUGUGAGGGCCAGCCCAUCUGUCCCCGUGGUGGUCUACGAGGGCACUGGCAGAGCUGCAGAUAUCCUGGCUUUUACCCACAAACACACGGGUGAUACAGGGGACCUGCGCCCUCAGGUGAAGAAGGAGGUCUUAGUGAUGAUUCAAAACACAUUUAGCUUGGGACAGAAACAGUCCAGUCAUCUGUUUCACAUUUUGAUGGAAUGCAUGGAGCGCAGAGAGUCUAUAACCAUAUUCGAUGCAGAAUCAGAAGAUCAGCAGGACAUUGAUUUGGCAAUUCUGACUGCACUCUUGAAAGGUACAAAUAUGUCUGCUGCAGAUCAGCUAGAUUUGGCGUUGGCCUGGAACCGCAUAGAUAUUGCCAAGAAACACAUAUUGGUUUAUGGACAGCACUGGAAGGUUGGUGCCUUGGAACAGGCAAUGCUGGAUGCUUUAGUGAUGGAUCGUGUGGAUUUUGUGAAGCUGUUAAUAGAGCACGGAGUGAACAUGCACUGUUUUCUUACCAUAUCUCGUUUGGAAGAACUCUACAAUACAAAGCAAGGACCAUCAAAUCUACUUUUGCAUCACCUAGUUCAAGAUGUGAAACAGAAUACCCUGUCCUUGGAUUACAAGAUAUCACUGAUUGAUAUUGGGCUGGUGAUAGAGUACCUCCUUGGUGGAGCUUAUCGGAGCAGCUACACAAGGAAGCAUUUCCGAAUUCUCUACAAUGAUCUCUACAGAAAACACAAGAGAGUGCUCUCCAGAUUUUCGCAGAGUCUGUCUCACUCCCUUCAUCAGAGUAAUCAGACAGGUAGCAGAAUGGGAUCUGCUGAAAGUACUUUGCAUUCUCAGUUCUUCAGAACAGCACAGCCUUACAAAUACAAGGAAAGAUCCACUGCUUUCCAUAAGUGUAAGAAGAAAUCAAAAGAGGAUAUAAACUUUGCAGAGAACUAUGAGUCAUCUGGCUUUAUCUACCCCUAUAACGACCUUCUGGUUUGGGCAGUAUUAAUGAAAAGGCAGAAAAUGGCAAUGUUCUUCUGGCAGCUUGGAGAGGAAGCCAUGGUCAAAGCUGUUGUGGCUUGUAAACUCUACAGGGCAAUGGCCCGUGAAGCUAAACAGAGCAACAUGGUGGAUGACACUUCAGAAGAACUCAAGAAGUACUCAAAGGAAUUUGGACAGCUUGCCUUAGAUGUCCUGGAGAAGGCAUUCAAACAAAAUGAGCAGAUGGCCAUGAAGUUGCUGACCUAUGAACUGAAAAACUGGAGCAACUCGACUUGCUUAAAACUAGCAGUGUCUGUGGGGCUGCGGCCUUUCAUAUCCCAUACGUGCACACAGAUGUUGCUGACCGAUAUGUGGAUGGGACGCCUGAAGAUGCGGAAGAACUCCUGGUUUAAGGUCAUUAUGAGUAUUCUUCUGCCUCCCACCAUCUUGAUGCUGGAGUUUAAAAGCAAGGCAGAAAUGUCUCAUGUACCUCAGUCUCAAGACUUCCACCAGUUCACAUGGUAUCAUGGGGAUCAGAGCCCAACCAGCUCUAAAGAUGCCUUGUCUCUGAAGGAUUAUGAUGUGGAGAAGGUUGCUCAAAAGUCUGAUGAAAGCCAAGCAGACAAUGGACAAGGAAACCUUCCUGGAACUCGAAAAAUCUAUGAAUUCUACAACGCACCAAUUGUCAAGUUCUGGUUUCACACGAUGGCCUACAUGGUGUUUCUCAUGCUCUUCACUUACACUGUGUUGGUGAAGAUGGAACCAAGACCAAGUGUGCAAGAGUGGCUUGUUAUCAUUUAUAUUUUCAGCACUGCUAUUGAAAAAGUCAGGGAGGUAUUUAUUUCAGAACCUGGAAAAUUCCACCAAAAAGUGAAGGUGUGGAUUUAUGAAUACUGGAAUUUUACUGAUUCUAUAGCUAUCAUCCUGUUUAUGGUUGGUUUUGGUUUGCGCUGGUCCAACCCUCCUGUUCAAACUGCAGGGAGGCUACUUUACUGCUUGGAUAUAAUAUUUUGGUAUGCUCGGCUCCUUGAUCUUUUCGCUGUGAAUCAGCAUGCUGGCCCAUACCUGACAAUGAUUGGGAAAAUGACAGCAAACAUGUUCUAUAUUGUGGUCAUGAUGGCCAUAGUCCUGUUGAGCUUUGGAGUGUCACGAAAGGCAAUCCUUUCUCCAGAGGAACCUCCUUCUUGGACUCUGGCACGAGAUAUUGUAUUUCAACCCUACUGGAUGAUGUUUGGUGAGGUCUAUGCUGGAGAAAUAGAUGUCUGUGAAACCAAUGAAGACUGUCCUCCUGGCUCCUUCCUCACACCGUUCCUCCAAGCUGUCUACCUCUUUGUGCAGUACAUCAUCAUGGUCAACUUGCUUAUUGCUUUCUUUAAUAAUGUUUAUUAUGAUUUGAAAUCCAUAUCGAACAAGCUCUGGAAGUACAACCGGUACCGCUACAUUAUGACCUACCAUGAGAAGCCGUGGCUGCCCCCACCUUUCAUUCUUCUGAGCCACAUUGGACUUCUCAUAAACUGCAUCUUCCACCAUCGACCCCCAAAUGAACUGGAUCAAGAAGAAGGCGACGUUGGACUAAAGCUGUACCUGAGUGAUGAAGAGUUAAAGAAACUCCAUGACUUUGAGGAACAGUGUGUGGAAGAAUAUUUUCAUGAGAAGAACGAAAGCCUGAGUUCCAGUGACAGUGAAAGGAUCCGUCUGACAACAGAAAGAGUGGAGGAGAUGUUUCUGCAGCUUAAAGAAGUGCAUGAGAAAGUAUUUUAUAUCAAGGAGUCUUUAGUGUCCCUGGACAGCCAGCUAGGACAUUUGCAAGACCUAUCUGCCCUGACAGUGGACAUCCUGAAAGUACUUUCAGCUGCGGACACUUUGCAGGUGGAGGAAGCUUUCCUGGCUGACGCAAAACGACAAACCCGUAGGAAGCUGCCGCAUAGCUGGAGCAAUGCACUCUUCUCCAAGACCUUGAGCAGCCUGGAGUGUUUGUAUGACAAGAAGAACCACUACUACAGCAUGCCACCCUCCCUCCUACGGAGCUUGGUAAGGAGUCAGUGGCCAUCAGAGUGCAAAGACCACAUACUGAGGACAGAGAAUAACAAGGUGGUAGAAUACAGCUCUCGAAAGACAGAAACAGAAAGUGACACACUUACUUCAGGAGUAUCAUCUGAGACUAAGUCAACUCCUAGAUAUGGACAAUUUUUGCUGGUGCCACCUGACCAUCAGGGAGUGGCUUUCUCUGAGGAUAUGACCUUCAACUUGUCAUUUUUGAGCACUCCUUCCAAGUACAGGGAAGAUGCAUUCAGAGCUGAACUGCGAAAUAGAAAUGUGAGGCAGCAAAACUUGCCAAGUGUCAGCCACACUGGAAAAGAGCCAGAAGAUUAUCAGUGGAGCCAGAGAGACACUGUUAUUUGUUUGCCAUCAGAACAGACUAAUGUUGUAGAGGCUGAUCAUCCUCUUGGUCUCCAGCCAUCCCUGAAUAUUGAAGAGAGUGCAGCACCUUCCUCUCAGGACAGGGAAGAAACUGAAGGUGGUUAUGUGAACUGGGGAUUCUCUGAAGGUGAUGAAAAAGGUGUUUUCAGCUCAGGGAAGAAACAAAAGAAGUCCCUUUGCAUACAUGCCACUUAUAACAGUGACUGCAAUUGCACGGGUAGUCCUCCCAGGCAUGUCCAGAUAAGAGAAUCUAAGUCCUUCUCCUACAACUCUGACAGGUCAUGUCACAGCAGCAUCAUCUCUCAGAACAAGCUGAAACGCAGCAUAUCCUUCUGCAUCAGCCCACCCUGGAGAGACUGGAGUUUCUGCAGGAGCAGCAGCUUACAGUCCUUUAAGAAAGAGAAAAGAGGGAAAACCUGCAAGGCCAUGGGUGAGUCUUUACCAUCCAGUGAGCUACACCACAGUGAGGCAAGGAAAGCAAAGCAACAAAACAGAGACAGAAAGUCUUUGAGAGGAAAGAAGAAUAAAAAACCCCUUCAGGUGCCGGUGAUUAGAGUGGAUGGUUGUCCCCAGAACACCCAAGUGAGCUCAGAGCCUGCAGAGAUCAAUGUCUGGGAUGAACAAGAGAAACACAACAAGAACUGGCUCACUGUGUCUAAUUUCAGUCAGCUAAGUUUGGAACGUCUCAGUUACAUGCACCAGAAAAUGAAAAAUCAAGACAUCGGUAGACAUAGCAUACCAUUCAGUGAUUACCUGAGGCAUUCCCGAGAGGAUUUGAGUAAUAGCAUAUUUGGAACCACCAAGAAAAGUGAUCUGAACAGGAACUGCUUGUUAAGAACUUCAGAGAAAACUGACAAUAUCUUUGCCUGCUUGAAAACAUCUCAAGAUCUGCAUCAUCACUACUCAGCUGUUGAAAGAAACAACUUAAUGAGACUUGCUCAGACCAUACCGUUUACACCAGUCCAGUUCUUCGCUGGAGAGGAAGUGACGAUCUAUCGGCUAGAAGAAAGUUCACCUAUGAACCUUGGUAAAAGCAUGUCUUCCUGGUCCCAGCAUGGCAUGGCUGCAAUGAUCCAGGUCUUGUCACAGGAGGAGAUGGAUGGGGGUCUGCGCAGAGCCAUGAAGGUCAUUUGUACUUGGUCAGAGAAUGACAUUUUAAAGUUGGGACAAGUAUUUAUUGUGAAGUCUUUUCUGCCAGAAGUGGUUCAAACUUGGCAAAAGAUCUUUCAUGAUGGCACAGUGUUACAUCUCUGCCUGAGGGAAAUCCAACAGCAAAGGGCUGCCCAGAAGUUAAUCUAUACCUUCAAUCAAAUGAAGCCUCAUACUAUUCCCUAUACUCCAAGGUUCCUGGAAGUUUUCCUCAUCUACUGCCAUUCAGCGAACCAGUGGCUAACCAUUGAGAAGUACAUGACGGGCGAGUUUCGGAAAUACAACAACAACAAUGGAGAUGAGAUCACGCCCAGCAGCUUGCUGGAAGAGCUGAUGCUUGCUUUCUCUCACUGGACCUACGUGUACACACGUGGGGAGCUUCUUGUUCUGGAUUUGCAAGGUGUUGGGGAAAACCUUACAGAUCCAUCUGUGAUUAAACCUGAAGACAAAAAGUCUGGAAAGAUGGCGUUUGGACCAGCAAACCUAGGAGAAGGUGCAAUAAGAAAUUUCAUCACAAAGCAUCGUUGUAACUCAUGCUGCAGGAAGCUGAAACUUCCAGAUUUGAGAAGUGACUACAUACUGGAAAGGAUUGGUCCAGCCUUUGAAACAGAAAUGGAGACAAGCACCAGAGAAGCUGAGGAUGCGGACGAGCCUUUAGAGUAUGACACGCGGCUGUGAAGCGGUGGCUGUGAGCUGACCCUGUGUGCUGGCGUGCUCAAAAACCUGCCCCUUUUCACUGCUGUAGGCCAGUCCAAAAGAAGAAAAUUCAGGUGUCUGAGUGCAGCAUCUGUCUGCCCUCAACAGACCCUGUAGGCAAGGAAUUAAAAAAAAACCCUCUUUAUUUACUCCCCUUUCAUGCUCUUGUGCUGAUCUUUCUGGUACAGUUCAGUGAAUUGCCAGGAGCAGGUCAUCCCUUAGCUGGAUGAACUGUCUCAUCAUUAAUUUUCAGAGGAAGAGACCACUCUGCCCCAUGCUCAGUUUUCCAUGGGCAUAGGAGGCUCUCCAGGAAACUGCAGAAAUAUUACUUUAUUGUUGAUUUUGAUGCAGAGACAAACCAAGAAUGUAUGAGUAAUGAAUUAAUGGUUUAAACAAUAGUCACUGAUAUAGCAGGUAGACUGAAAAAAUUCAUGGGAAUUUCACCUUGAAUUCUUUUCACGUACCAAGAACAAGUCAAACAAUGAAGGACUAGAUAGUGGACCCACAUUUUCAGUUGAUGAAAUCAAUAAAUAUAUGAUCUUUAGUACAAACAUAAAGAGUAACCUUGAAUGUGAUUCAACUUCUAACCAGGACCUGCCUUUGUUUGUAAUAUUGUAUCUUCAGCAUGUUUUAAAGUUGUAAUUGUCAAAAAAGAUUUUGUAAGUCACAAAUAAUAAUGUUUUCCAGUAAGCAUUAGCUUCUUGUUUUCAAAGUCAGGCUGUAUGUAGGACUUUUGUCUAACAGUGGUCGGAUUCUAUGUUUGUGUUUGCAGCAUCUGUUUUUAUUGAUAUAAUCUGAUUUCAGUAGAAGUUCACAAACCACAAAAAGCAAUUAUGUGCAAUAUGAUUUUUCUAGAAUAAAGAUUGUAAUGAAGUGCUCAGCAGAAGUAUCUCUCAUACAGGUAGUAUUGUAUUACAGAUCACAUCUAUCAUUAAAUAACUUUGUACUUUCUUACUGAGUAGAAAUACCUGAUGUUAAAAAGUUAAGUCAAGAGAAACCUAUACUUGAAUAAGAAACAAAAUAAUAUUUCUACCACGGCUGAUAAUUUUUAAUGCGUAAGGGGAUAUUUGUUAUGAUUUAUCAUUCAUUUGGUAUAUUUAGAAAGUGUCUGUGUACACACAGAGUUAACAGUUACGUGUUCCCAGUCUUUAUAUUGUUUAUGAUAUGAUGAUGGCAUUGAAGUAAUCACCUAUGCUAUGUUCAGCUGAGAUGCCUUCAGUUCCUGAGAGCAUCCUGAAGACAUUUUUCUUGCUUUUUAUCUUUUUAAAAAUAGUUUUAUAAGAUUUUUGAUGGAGAAUCCUGACCUUCCUCCAUAUUAGAUUAUAUUAUUCAUGUUGCAAAAAAUGUACUUCCCUUUAGAUUCUUUGGAAGCAAUCAAAUGUAUCAGAAGGUUUAGCUUGUCUGUGAAAAAGAUUAUUUAGUUGCAUCUCAACAGAAUGAUGGUGGAUUUUGAGCCCUUGCUGUAAGGUAGUAGUUCUUCUUCCUGCUAUUAUCAUCUCAAAAUUUGGCUUUAGGGAGAAAUAUGCUUACAUCCAUAUAUAUAUAUACUUACAUACUUUAAGGAAGUAAUUUUCUAUAAAGGAUCUCUAACUGAUAGUAUGCCUUUAAAUUCAGUUGAGUUAAAUGACACAUAAACAUAUCUUUAAAGCCAAGGACAAUUUUAAGUCCUGUGCUGAUAAUGUUAUUUUCCUCAAUCAUUGCCAUAAAUUCUAAGUGCAUAUGAAUUAGACACAAAAAAUAAACCUCACAUCAGGCUGGGCCUGAGUAUCUUUUGUUCCUUUUGAAGUUUUGAAGGUGUGCACAAGUCAUACUUCAGAUGAUCUUUUCUUGACAACCCUUCUGGUCCCUUCAAGCAUGAGUGGCUUCUGCAUUCACAGCAAUACUUGUGAGAAUUCUUAAACUAUAUAGCUCAGUGUAGAUUCAUCUUGCUCCUUCUUUUUAUGUACCUGUCAAGGUAUGUACUACCAUUCUGUCAAUUUGGGGAUAAUCUGUGUUAAAAUAUGGUUGAUAUAAACAUGUUUGGUAUUUAAUUUUGCUCAGUGUGAAGUACUAAUGUGAUGAAACAUGGAGGCAUUUGAAACUGUCUCAUCAUACACUUGUAUCUUAGCACUAAUUUUUCCAUGCAUAGAGAUGUUGACUUAAAAAUUCUAGUGAUUCUGCUGGUUAAUUAACUUUGCCUCAUCUUUCUUUUUGCACUUUUUUUGGAAGGGCUGAUUUACAUUUCAAUAAACUCUAAAAUUGGGUAUUUGGGUUAAGACCUUCCCCCCCCCCAGUUUUGACAUAGUUCAGUAAUAAAUUAUAAUGAAAACAAUCUGAAAAGGUUAUUUUAAUGUCUUUUGAGUCCUUGAUGUUUUUCUUACUACACACUCUAGACAUUCUUUAAAUUGUCUUUUUAUGUCUAAAUACUGACCUCAGAUUGAAGCCUAUGUCCACUGAAAACAUGAAAAAAAACCAGCAGCCUUUAACAGAAACAGCAAUAAGCUGCAUACUAAAACUGUGGUGCAUGUGGAAUUAAAGAUGUUCAGAACUGGGUUCUUCUCUAGCUGCUUGACAAUUAGUGCAGAAGAGGAAAUCUUGCAUGGCAAACCAUAGGGUUUUCUGAUUAUUAGUUUAAAUGUUUGUUUUUACUUAAAAGCAUAUUCAGGAAUUAAUUUUAUUCUUCUGGUGGGUUCAAGAAAAAAAAUGUCCUGUUUACUUUGCUUAAAUAAGUAGGCAGUAAAGUUCUGAAAAAAAAUUGAAACUGAAGUAUUUAUAAACUCCCAUUUUAAUAUGAGCUUAAAAGAAGCUUAUUUAGGAAUUCUGUUGAGAUUACUCAAAGCAAAAUGUGUUUCUGGCAGCUGCUGCAUUGGGGAUGUAACUUAAACAUUUGAAAAAUAUGCAGAAACUGCGAACCUCGUUCUUAGGAAGGCUUUUUUUAUUUUCUUCUUUUUCAUAGUUGUGGUGUAUUCACGGUUAUUCAUUUAUUGUUAGUGCAACAGAGACAGAAGGGAUAUUACAUUUGUAUUUUCUAGAAAUGGAUUUAUAUGUUUUGUCAUUUUGUCAAUCUAUUUCAUACCAUUUCAAAAGAAUAAAAAUACAUUUUCAAAAUG